AUGAUGCUGACAGAGCACGGCGACCUGGAGGACGCGACGCUGAAACUGAUCGAUUUCGGCCUCUCCCGCCGCUUCGAGGCGGGCGCCCCGAUGAGAACUCUGGCGUGCACGCCGCAGUACGUGGCGCCGGAGGUGCUGUCCGGGGCGUACACCGAAGCCUGCGACCUCUGGAGCGUCGGCGUCGUCCUCUACGUGCUGCUGUGCGGAUCCCCGCCCUUCCACGGGGACUCCGACGCGCAGGUGUUCGCGCGCGUCAGGAGCGGCCUCCUCGACUUCGGGCCCGCCGCCUGGGAGCGCGUUGGAGCGCCGGCGCGUGAGCUGGUGCGGAGGCUGCUGCAGGUGGAUGCCGGGGCGCGGCCGACGGCGGCGCAGCUGCUGCUGGAGCCCUGGGUCGCCCUUCGGCCCACGCGCCCGUGGGCCGCGGGGCAGCCUGGCUGGGGCGCAGAGCCCCCCCGGGGAGCCAACCUCUCCCGGGCUCUCCGCGGGGGCUGA